UACAAGGUUUCUCAUAAGUUUUUCUCAAAUUGACUCAAAACUGUUUAAAAACCUAAAAAAAGUUGUUAAAGUUCAAAUUCACCAAUUUUUUAGAACAAGGUAUUUGUAGUGUUUGACGAGAAAUAUGUGACUGAGUAUUACGUGACAGUAGUAAGCUAUUAAAUAAAGUCUAACUACUUGAUGGAAUGUGCCAUCGUUAUAGUCAAUGCAUAUGAAAACAAAGGUCGUGUUCAAAACAAUGAUCCUCAAAGAUCGUAAAAAUGUAUACUAUACAGUUUUUUAUUGUAAGCACUAAACUCAAAAUGAUAAGACGUUUUUCCCCUCGUUUCGGCUUUUCCAGGUUUUACCUACAAUAUAUUUAUAUAUUCCAACAAAUCACUAAAUCACUUCUACAUACUAAAUCUCUGGACUAUUGUGCAAGAGUUUGAAAAUGCAUAUUAUGUGUACCGUGUAGUAGGUACCACGAAGAGUGUAGCCUUAAACAGUUAAACGCAUUCAAAUUUCCCAAAAAGUGUCCAUAACUUUACUCGCCUUAAAGUUUAUUACCAAUGUAAAAGUAAGCAGGGUGUGAUUGCGAGCGCGAUUCUAUACUGAUGGCAUAUAAACCUUAUUUCAAUAAUCAAUGUCGUUGUUCCGGGAAACAGGGGUGUGUAGGAACGAAGAAUAAAAUAAUGUAAUCAUAAUAUAAUUUUAUUUAGUAUAUUAAGACGUAUACUUGAUGGUGAUGACUGAUGAUGGACGGCUCUACUCGAGUCUCGAGCUCGGGUUGUCGGGCAAUAGUUUGUGAGGGGGCGGUAGCCGCCAGCCGGGCCGUCGAUCGCUCGAGCUGCUCUGUGCUCGGUCCGACGGUCCGUAGCGGCCUCAAAGGAGGGGACGAGAGAGAGAAAGAGAGAGAUAGAGAGAGAGAGAGAGAGAGAGAGAGAGAGAAAUAGGGAGAGACAGAGAGUGUGAGGGAGAGUGAUGAGACACGGCCGAUAUGCAGUAGCAGUGUAGCACCAAAAGGAAUUUUGUAAGCUUUUUACUGGCGGAGGGAUUUCGAACUUCGAAGCUCACUCGCGCGCACGCGCUUUCAGCCCGACAACGACCGAUCAUCGUAUGGUCCGCCGGCCGCCACAGCAGCUCUUUACUCAGUCAGUUGUUCCCUUUUAUCAUUAUUAUCAGUAAUAUAAUUAUUACGAAUGAAUUUAUUUUUUCUUCACGCACCGUAGUCCGUACAAGUUACAAACUCACCAGUUAUACACUAAAAAGUAAAAAUAGAGACUAUAAAAUAUUAUAAUACUAUAAAAAAUAUAACCCUGUAUAAUAUUAUAGUUGUCUGUAAAAUUGUUAUCGUCGUCAUGUGUUUGACGCACCGGGCUUGUGUGUGCGUGUCGCGCGAGCGCGCGGGUGCGUGAAGCCAUGCGCGUGCGCAGGUUCGUAUGUGUGCGUGCAUCGCGUACCGAUGUUAUUAGCACAGUAAUAAUAAUAUAAAUUGUAAUCACGAAUCACGAUCACAACCAUCAUAACCAUAAUCAUAAUAAUGAUCAUGUCUUAUGUGUAUAUUAUUUACAUAAAUUUAACCGCGUUUAACGACAUCGAUUCCCGAACGCGUAAAGUUGUCGUUUAACGAUCCAUAUAGUAUAUUAGUCAACAUAGUACUUAGGAAAGUUAUUAUUAUUACAUUUUAAUACUAUAGGUACCGUUCGUUUAACGGUUAAAUCGAAGUUUAGGCGACGUUCGAACGCAUCGCCCGUAAGCCCGUAUUAUAUUAGACGACGACGACGACGCCGCCGCACACGUCGGAAGAGUCAGACGCGUCUCACUUUUCCCGCACUCUCUUCGUCGCUCGCUCGCUCUCGGACGCCCGGACGUCUCCGUCGUCUCCCUCACACGUCUUGCUCCACUUGCCCUGUCACUGUCUCUUUUUUUCUUUCUGUUUUUCUUCGUUUCGUUUUUUUUUUAAUUUUUAAUUUUGUCGUUGACCGAAUAUGUGUUUGCCGACAGUUGACCGCGUAGUUCGCAGUGCCGAUAAGUGUGCGUUUGGAAAAUGCCACUGAACUUGGGCGGUUCUCGACGGACUGCAAGUAGCGAGUCAACUAUCAUAAUUUAUAAUAUUAUUUUAGUCUGUCAGCUGUUUUAGCUAUACCUAACAAUAUAUUAUAUACUUAACGUGAAUUUAUUGUUUUCGUUUAUUUUAUUUGUUUACUGAAACAAAAAAAAAACUAGUCAAAAAAUCUAAAAACAAUUAUAAUUAUCAAUAUGAUGCAAAACGGAAUGGAUUCACUACCACAUAAUGGUUCAAUACAUACCUCAAGUACAAAUUCUCAUGCAUCACAAGGAAAUUCCUUGAAUGAAGAAAGUAAAACCAACCUUAUUGUAAAUUAUUUACCUCAAACAAUGACUCAAGAAGAAAUUAGAUCACUAUUUUCUUCAAUUGGUGAAGUUGAAAGCUGUAAACUUAUUAGAGAUAAAGUCACAGGAUCUCUUCCAUCAGGCCAAAGUUUGGGCUAUGGUUUUGUUAACUACCAUCGACCAGAAGAUGCAGAAAAAGCAAUUAAUACAUUAAAUGGACUAAGAUUACAAAAUAAAACAAUUAAGGUAUCAUUUGCAAGACCUAGUAGUGAAGCAAUUAAAGGGGCUAAUUUGUAUGUCAGUGGUCUUCCAAAACAUAUGACUCAACAAGACCUUGAAAAUUUAUUUAGUCCUUAUGGUCGGAUAAUAACAUCAAGAAUUUUAUGUGAUAAUAUGACUGAUAUGUUCACAGUGCGACAAUUUGUAGGAAAUACUGGAGGUGAUCAUUCGCCGUCAAUUUCAAAAGGUGUUGGUUUUAUAAGAUUUGAUCAAAGAAUUGAAGCCGAACGAGCAAUUCAAGAAUUAAAUGGAACUGUUCCCAAAGGUUCAACAGAAUCAAUUACUGUGAAGUUUGCCAACAAUCCUAGUAGCAAUAAAGCAGUACCUGCAUUAGCAGCUUAUUUAACUCCUCAAGGAGCUCGAAGGUUUGCUGCUGGCCCUAUUCAUCACCCUACUGGGCGCUUCAGGUAUAUUCCACUCUCCCCUUUAUCCAGCACUGGAAAGACCAUGCUAGCCAUAAACAAAGGCUUACAGAGAUACUCACCAUUAGCCGGUGAUCUGUUAGCAAAUUCCAUGUUACCUGGUAAUUCAAUGAAUGGAUCUGGCUGGUGCAUAUUUGUGUAUAACUUGGCACCGGAAACAGAAGAAAAUGUAUUGUGGCAACUAUUUGGUCCAUUUGGUGCUGUACAGAGUGUUAAAGUCAUUAGAGAUUUGCAAACAAACAAAUGCAAAGGAUUUGGAUUUGUCACUAUGACUAAUUAUGAUGAAGCAGUUGUUGCCAUUCAAUCUCUUAAUGGAUAUACGUUAGGCAACCGUGUACUUCAAGUAUCGUUCAAAACCAAUAAAGGCAAAGGAGAUGCAUCCAGUUUGUUAAUGUCUCUUGCUGAUUCAUUAACUGACUGUUAAUAAUUUCAUCAAUCUUCUUCGAAUAUUUUCAAAUGUUUACAUAAUUCAUUCUCCCUUCUAAUACAUCUUUAACUGAAUUGCAAAUUCGCUGAAAUUUAUCAUGUCUAAAGAAGGUAAAUUAUGUUUAUUUAUUAAUUAUAUUUUUAAUUAGAUACAUUUAAAUUAAAUCGCGUGCACCAUAAUAACGUUAUCAAAAUAAACACUUUUCAAGGCAUAUUAUAAAUAAUAUACAAAUUAUAAUUUU